AUGGCCUGCUGCUCCACUAGCUUCUGUGGGUUUCCCAGCUGCUCCAUUGGUGAGAACUAUAGCUCCAACUUCUUCCAGCCAAGCUGCUGCCAGAGUGGCUUUGGCAUUGGAGGUGGCAUUGGCUGUGGCCAGGAGAGUGGCUGUGGAGCGGUGAGCUUCCGUGUCAGGUGGUGCCGCCCAGACUGCCGCGUGGAGGGCACCUGCCUGCCCCCCUGCUGUGUGGUGAGCAGCACACCCCCAACCUGCUGCCAGCUGCACCAUGCCCAGGCCUCCUGCUGCCGCCCAUCCUACUGUGGACAGUCCUGCUGUCGCCCAGCCUGCUGCUGCUACUGCUGCCAGCCCACCUGUUAA